UGGAGAUUUCUACAUGUGAGACGCACCGUUUCCGGGUCGUCUUACGUGGAGGUGGAGUCCACCCAGUGGAGUUUCCCGCUAUUUAUCAGUCAUCUUCCCAAAUUUUGAGCGCGCGAAAUCUCAGUUAGUGUUCCUUAGGGUUCAUUUCUUGCUUUUUCACUGCGCUGUGCGGGACUCGGAGAGGAACAAAAAAUGGAAACCGUUCGAACUCAGAGGAAACCUUUGUCGAAAGAGGUCGUCGUCCCAACUCUCCCACUUUAUCGCUCUCCUCCUUCGCUCGAAGUCAGACUUGAGGAUUUUGAGCUUUUCGCCAUAGAUCGCCUCCGAGUGCUCAAAGGGAUUUCUGAUGGAUUAUCCAGAGGAAAGAAACAUGAAGAAAUGGAGCAAUUGGAAAAGGAUCUAUGGAAUAAAAAUAUGAGGCAUCCACAGGCAUCUGAAAUUGCCAACAAGGAUAUAAUAUCCCACUUUGUCUUGCGACUAGUGUACUGCAGAACCGAGGAGUUGAGGAAAUGGUUUCUUUCUAUGGAAACUGCCCUAUUUCGUUACCGUUUUCGGCAAGAAAGUGCUGAAGCUCAGAGGGCCCUUAUGGCGGAAUUUGACCUUCCAUACAAAGCAGUUGGCAGUGCUGAAUUUGAGAGUCUAAGAGACAAGCUUGGCCAAGUUUCACGUUCUAUUGGUCAGCCUUUACCAACUGCUGAUGCCAUAUUUUAUAAGGUACCAUUUGAAGAAGUUCCAGAACUUGUAGCUGGUCGAAGAGUAUUCCUGCACAAGGGGCAUGCAUAUAUAGCUUCAAAUCAGGUGGUUUCCUUGGUUGGUACGCAAUUUCGUAGUCAUCUGUCAAAGGCACUCAUUUUGACAAACAGAAAAUGGACAUCUACUGUAAGAGAACAAGAGAAGGAUCGCUUGACUCCUAUUGUGGAAGCCCUAUGCACAAGUUACCUGGGUCCUGACUAUUCUCAACCAAAAGGAUUUGCUGAGAUAUCGGUGAAGGACAUUAAUGAAUUAGCCAGGAGUUCAUUUCCUCUUUGUAUGCGUCACCUUUUUGAAAAGCUUAAAGAGGAUCAUCAUCUAAAGCAUGGAGGGCGAAUGCAACUAGGUCUCUUUCUGAAGGGUGUUGGCUUAAAGCUGGAUGAUGCACUUAUGUUUUGGAAAGCUGAGUUCUCGCAGAAAGUUAGUGCUGAAAGGUUUGACAAAGAAUAUGCAUAUGGCAUACGCCAUAACUACGGAAGAGAAGGCAAAAGAACGGAUUAUACACCUUAUUCAUGUCAAAAGAUUAUCUUAUCUACUCCUGGCGUAGGAGAUCAUCACGGGUGCCCUUAUCGACAUUUCAGCGACGAGAAUCUUAGAGCUGCUCUAAGUAAAAUGGGAGUUAACAGCAGAGCCGUUGAAGAUGUAAUGGACAAAGUGCGAAAUAGACAUUAUCAGUUAGCAUGCACCUUAACUUUUGAAGCUGUUCAUGCCUCAUCAUGCGAUUCCGGGAUUAACCAUCCAAAUCAAUAUUUUAGCGACAGCCAAAAGCUCCUGCAACCAAAGGUGAACACGUAGAAGCAUACAAUCAUUGAUAAACCCAUGAACCAAAAGUUUAUUCUGUUGAAUUUGGGGUUUACUGAUGUAUAUUGUAUAUUUUAAUGUUUCAUAAUAUAUUGUAUACUUUAGCUACAAAAUUGUUUUAAAAAAGACUCGGCAUGGAAGUGUUGCCACUAUCUUGUUUAUGGUU